CACAACCGGAUGUUGUAUAAUUCAACAGGAUGAUGGGCGGGAGGUGAAUACCAGCAAAAGGGAAAAAGGGGGAUAACGGGAACGGCCCUGUUUGGGAAAAGACAUCAAACGGUUGGUAACGUGGACCUUGGCCUGGCCUAGACGCUUUAAAGUGGUUGGACAUUUUUCUACCUUUUUGUAAGAAUGCAGGUGAGGAAGUAGCAGGUGAUGAAGGUGUCUCUUGUCUUUUCUUUAGGACCCUAAAAAGUCCAACAGCAGAGUGUGAGACCAGAAGUUGCUUCCAUUUCCUGCUGUUUUUUUUUGUUUGUUUUGGCACUUUCUUCCUCCGCUGGGACGCCCACAGAGAUGGCCAACAUGUGCCCGUAUGGCCUUUACACCCACGCCGUGGUGCGCGGCAUCCCGGAGACUUUUGGGAAGGCGGUGGGAGACAACGACGAGAACAAGGAGGUCUCAGUGGACCUGGCCAAGGCUCAGCGCCAGUUUGGCUGCCUGACGGGGGCCCUGAGGCAGAAAGUGGGACUGCAGCUAAUCGAGAUCCCCCCCGACCCGGAACUGCCAUUGAGCUGGAAGAUAGAGGACGUGGCGGUGAUCCAGGGGCACACGGCGCUCAUCACCAGGCCCUUCAGAGAGCAGAGACGCAGUGAGGCAGAGAUGGUGCGGAGGAUGUUGUCCGAGCUUGGCGUGACCGUGGUGGACAUGGACGACACGCAGGGAAACUCUGAAGGGGCCACGCUGGAGGGCAGCGACGUGCUUUUCACAGGGAGGGAGUUCUUUGUGGGCAUCUCCUCCCACACCAACCACAGAGGAGCUGAGGUGCUGGCGGACACAUUCAAGGACUUCUCCGUGUCCAUAGUCCCGGUCUGCGGCGGAGCUCGGCUGAAGCAGGUGUGCUCCAUGGGAGGCGCCGACACCAUCAUCUUCAGCGACAGUAACGGGGCCAAGAGGACUCUCAGGAUGAUGGAGCAGCUGGCAGAUCAUCACUAUAACAUCAUCACCGUGCCGGAACAAUCUGCCGCCAACUGCAUUUACAUAAAGGGUCCGGCCAAGAAAGACUUCCUGCUCCACAGGCCGGCAGAUGAAUGUCCUGACAGCAUGUCUGCCCUCCAGAAGCUGCAAGACUACAACUUCUUGCCUACAGCCUGCAGUGAAGCCUCCAAACUAGGAGCAUCGCUGUCCUCACUUUGCCUCCUCGUCAAUAAGAAGCACACUUAUUUCUGAUUGUAUGUAAAAAAAACAAAAAACGUAUCACUGCAGGGUGCAAGCAGGGGCUGUUAAAUGAAAAGUAUAGUUCACCAAGUACACUGAAUGACAUGUCUCUCUAAUUGCAAGAAAACAAGCUCACCUAGCAGUAGUUCUGCUUUCACAGCAUGUCAGUGACGCUUGAAAUUAUUCUGCCCUUGAAUGCUUAGCAUGAAAGCUAUUAAAGUAUGCAUAUUGAUUGUAAUGUAGUAUAGCUACAAGGACACAAACGCAUUCAAGCUUGUGUUGUGCAGAAACAUUACAUACAGUAAGAGCAAAAUAGCUGACAAUUUGUCACAUAAGAUUAACCUGACUUUCUUUUUUUACAAACUAAAAUAUCAAAAUGGCCACUGCUUGCACUUUACAGUAUGCAGCCUUUAGUGGAAAAAGUUGUGACACCCCUGUUUGAAGUUACUACAUUUAGCUACUUUUGCACCAAUAACCACUUCAGUUUUUGUACAAAACACUAGUUGAUAAAAUGUUACAAUUUAA